AUGGACCAAAUAAUUCUUUCCACACUUAAGAACAAUAGCUUUAGAGUUACGGUUGAAAAUUCAAUCUAUAAUCAAUUGUGCUUGACCAAAGAAUUGAUAAAUGUUGUUUUUCCCCACCUCCUCAAAAAUGCACACUCGGCGGAAUAUAUUACAAAUCGAGCAAUUUUGGCAACCAAAAAUGAUUUCGUUGACAAACUGAAUGAGAAUCUUAUUGAACAAUUCCUAGGCGAACCCACUACGUAUUAUAGCUUUGACAAAGCUACUGAUAAUACAGGGACCUAUUACCAAGAAGAUUUCCUUAAUUCAUUGACUCCAAAUGGCCUUCCGCCAUAUAAAUUAACGUUGAAAGUCGAUUGUCCUAUAAUGUUGCUGAGAAAUUUGGAUCCGACAAAUGGAUUGUGUAAUGGUACCAGGCUCAUCUGUCGUGGAACAAAGGCCAAUGUGAUCAAUGCAGAAAUCAGCCAUGGACAACAUGCUAGAAAACAAGUACUGAUUCUAAGAAUACCCCUAUGCCCCGCAGAGAAUGAAGCUACGCCUUUCCAUUUUACACGAAAACAGUUUUCAAUCCGGUUGAGUUUUGCAAUGACAAUAAAUAAGGCACAGGGCCAAACAAUUCCUUAUGUUGGAGUUUAUCUACCUGAACACGUAUUCUCCCAUGGACAAUUAUAUGUUGCACUAUCCAGAGGAACUUCAAUGUCAACUACUAAAGUACUUGUUAAGAAGGAUCAAACAAACAUUAGAGGUGGUACAUACACUAAAAAUGUUGUCUAUAAGGAGGUUCUCCAGUCUAAAAGUUUAAAAACAAAGUCGAUAAUAAAAGUAGUUGUAUUUCGAAGAGCAAUCGAGGAAUACACAUCAGGAACAAUGUUGAAAGUAGUUCUGAUGGAUGAUGAUGGAACACAAAUUCAAGGUGUCUUAUUUAACGAGCUCGUCACCAAAUUCAGUGAUUCACUAUUGCUUCACAAGACAUACAGAAUUUUUAAUGUAAUUGUAAAAGACGUCAAUCCUAUAAAUAGGAGUGUGCACAAGGAGUAUAAAUUGAAGUUUCUUAAUAACACCUCAAUUGAAGUUGAAGAGCUUGAAGUAGUAAGCUUAGAAACAAUAAACUUUAAUUUUGUGGACUUUAAGGAGUUGAACAAGUACAUUGAUGCAAAAGAAAAUGGUUCAAGGAAAACUACUUUGACGUUAUGGGAGGAUUUUGCUGAGAAUGAAGAAAACUUUAUUAUGGAACUAAUACAAAAAAGACCUAUUAUCACAGUUACACAUGUGGCAAUCAACACCUACAAAGGUCUGUCUCUUCAAAUGCAAAAUGGAUCUACAUUGCAAAUUAAUAUGGAUAUUGAAAGUGUUAAAGCAUUAAGACAUUGGACAUGGAUGAAUUUAGCAACAAAGGGACAAGCUGCAAAGGGAAAUCUUUUCUUUUUCUGGUGA